AUGCCACAAGAUCAAGAUAGUGGUGCAACGAAUAUGACAAUGUACAAACCUGAGGCAUCGUUGAGCAAGUUCCUGGCGAAGCCCAAACACUUUAAGGGCGAUGAAGAUGAAAAUCCGUUACGUUGGCUGAAGAGGAUUAAUCGGAUUCGCAAGGGUGUUCCAAUGGGCGAUCAACAAUGUCUUACCAUGGCUGGAUCCUAUUUGACAGAACAAUUUCAAGCUCGUUUCGCUGGCAAGGAUAAGCAACACAUCUGGUGGAACAAGGUCGAAAGUCGUCAACAAAUGACUGGUGAAACUGUUGAUGAGGUGGCGAAUGAUCUCAAGGAGUACUUCGAGUUGUUGGAGGUGGUGGAUGAUGGAAUUCGCAUCCGACAUUUGUUGAAGGCCUUGCGUGAAACUAUUUCCUAUGAGUUGGAACAAAGAGCAACGUUGUCUACUUACGAGGAGGUGGUGCGUGAAGCUCGCAAAUUGGAAAUGGUGCAAAACAAAUAUGGUCGUGGUGGCUCAAGUUCGUUGGGUGUAUCAUCAAGUGUGGGCCGUAACCAUGUUGGAUCCGAGAUCUCUCCAUCAGAGAGCGCAAGUGCAAAUGUUGCUCAAGGAAGUCUUUCGUCCCAAAUCAGUGCAUUGGCCAAUGAAAUACAAGCCUUGAAGAUUAACAUGGUUGAUGAGGUCAGUGGUGUCCCGAAUGAUGUAAAUCCUCCAAACAAGAAUGCCGAUGUCAACUGGUUACAUGGAGUGAAGGUGUAUGCUCAAAAACGUGGUCGUAAUCAGGUGUCGGAAAAUGGCAGUGCGGUGGCAGCUGUUGAAGCAAACAAGAAACGUGGGCGUACGAAUGAGGUGACUAAUGGUGGUGCACAAGUUGCUGGUGGCUCGAAUGGUGCGAUCGAUGGUGGCAAUAUCAUACAUGGCAAUGCUGGUGCGAAUGGUGUUCCUGUGCAGGCGGCACAACAAGUGGAGGCAAUGGAUGUGGAUAAGGGUAAACCUUCUGAGGAAAAAGGCUCCAAGAGGAAACGCCAAGUGCGUAGAUUGUCAGUGUCAUUGCCGCAAAAAGAUGUAUGGGAAAGGUUGACAAAUGUCGAUGCAGGAUUGUCCAUGGCAGAUUGGGUGGCUAUGUCUCGGCAUGCUGCUAAAGAUUUGCAAGAUGGCAUUCGCUAUCUACAUGGACGUAGACCAAAAGGAGCUGUGGGUGUGUCUACGCAAAAACAAUCUUCAAAGACAAAAGUGCCUGUGAACUAUGUCGAUUUGCAUGAGCAUGAUAUGACCGAUUCAUCCGAUGAUUGGGCAUAUUCCGAUGAUGAAAUAGGUACCUUUAAUUCUGAUGACAGUGAAGCUGGAUCGGAUGUAUUGGGAUGGGUUGAUGGCGAUGAUGGUGGAUACGACUCCGAUGACACACAUUACGAUUAUCCAUACAACUUGGAGAAGAUGCGUGAAAGUGCUCCAUUGCAGGCUCCAAUCACUAUCAAUGGGCAUAUGGUGCAUGCUGUGUUCGACUCGGGUGCUGGUGUAUCCGUCAUUAGCAAGGGCUUGGCUGAAAAGGUUGGCUUGGUGUCGAAUGGUGACCAGUUGGUGGUGGAAGCUUUUGGCGGUAACGCUUUGCCUGCUGGUGGCAUUUCGGUGGCGGUGCCAGUACGUGCUGCUGGUAAAUUGCGUCCUGAACACAUGACAAUCCAAGAUGUCAAGGGUGAUGUGUGUCUAUUGGGUACAUCAUGGCAUCGUCAGUAUGGUGUGCGUGUGGAUCAUCAACAUGGAACCAUUCACAUACCUACACGCCAUGGCCAGAGCACGGUGUUAUUACAAGGGCGUUAUCCAAGAUCGGAUCAAGAACAAGAUAAUGUCGUAUAUGUCGUAUUCUGGAGUCUGGGUUUGAUAGGUAAAACCUAA